UUUGACUUUAAUCGAUUUUUGGAUCAAAUGAGACAUCGAAGUGCUGGCCCGGUAGGCGAAUACGUUCGUAGUUUCAUCAAAGGAUUCACCAAAAAGCCUUAUCGGGUUGCCGAUCAAACAAAAUUGAUUCUUGAUUUUUUGGAUUUCAUCUCGUUACGAAUGCGGGAAUGUGAAGUUUGGUCAAAUGUUUCCAGCACAGAAUUCGAAAAUGCAACUGAAGCGAUGGAAAAGCUUAUCAUGAAUAGGCUAUACAACUACACAUUCAGCCCAGCAAUCAAAAGAGAAGGUCGUUGGAGCGUACAAACAGACGAUCUAGAAAGAGAUCGUGUGUUGAAGCAACGAAUUCGUCUAUUCGGCUGGAUUGAUGAGACUCAUCUGGACGUUCCUGUUGGUGAUCACUCUAAAGGAUUUGUGGAUUUCGCUAUCCAGGAAUUGCUCAAGAUCAACCAUUACAAGGCUCCAAGAGACAAAGUGAUCUGCAUCCUGAACUGCUGCAAGGUGAUUUUUGGUUUGAUUCGUCAUUUGUCCACGCAAGAAAAUGCAGACAAUUUCGUUCCAAUCCUGAUCUUUGUCGUCUUGCGAGCAAAUCCUGAUAAUCUGAUCUCGAAUGUGGAAUACAUCAGCCGAUUCCGUAAUCCUGAACGAUUGUCAAGUGAAUCGGGAUAUUAUUUGUCAAGUUUGAUGGGAGCAAUUGCGUUCAUUGAAACGAUGGAUUACACCUCGCUAAGUAAUAUCACACAAAAGGAAUUCGAAGAGAACGUAGAGGAUGCAGUACAGAAAAUGAGUGCUCAACCUGAAUCUGCAGAACCAUUCACUCCUGUACAAUUUGAUACUGGCAAAUUAGAGGCUGGAGAUACAUCUAGCUCGCCAGCAUCCGUACAAAUGACCCCACAAGGCUCUGGGUCGGAUGGUGAAGAUGGUGCACCACGAUCACCUCAUACGCCCAAUAUGCCCAAUCGACAGGGUAGUACAGAUCCUUACCUUUUAGAUGGAGCAGGAGGCGUUCGUACACCAACAGAUGAUGGAAGUGAAUUCGGAGAAGAUCACCGAACUGUACAAGAAUCACAACAAUCAAGUGCAACAAAUGCGCCUGCUCCAAAUCGAUCCAAACGAUCGGAUUUCAGCAAUUUUUUACCCAGCUUCUUGAGUGAGGCGAACAUCCUGCAAACACCUCAAACACAAGCAUCUGCUUUGCCGCUACUAAAAAGAUUACAAGCACAAGAAGAAGAAGGCGAUCAACAACGACAAGUUGCUCAAAUUGAUCGUGCUCAUAUUGAUGCGGGGGUGGAAACUUUGAAAAGCAUAUUUGCCGAAACGGAUUCUAGCGUCUGUAGGCUUGUGUUGGAAGGAUGUGAUGGAGAUGUUCAACAGGCGAUUGAUAAAUUAUUAGAGAUGUCAUGAUUUAAUUCAUAGAAGAUCAAACUUAUAAUCUUUAUAGCAUGACUUUUCUAGCGCGUAAGAUUUCACAGUCAUGAUAACGACAUUUAAAGUGCG